AUGGCGGAGGAAGCGGUGGCAGACGAGAGCGAUCUGUUCAACCCCUUGGACUGGAAGCCUGUCUCUUUCACGCAUGUAGAGUUUCCUAAAGGUGAUUUUGUUGGCUUCAUCCUGGCCUGGGUUAGCUUGUCACCAUUUAUUUUGAUCAUCAGUUUUAUGACGCUGAUUGUCUUUAGGAGGGACCUACAUACAAUGGCUUUUCUGGUUGGCCUGGGUCUGGACGAGAUCCUGAACCUUCUCAUUAAACAUGCCAUCAGGGAACCCAGGCCGCUUCGAGGUCGUCACAACUUAUACACUGAGUACGGGAUGCCCUCCAGCCAUGCUCAGUUCAUGUGGUUCUUCUCUUCGUACUUUACUUUGUUUUUGUUAGUGAGGUUGUACAGAAACCAGUCGUUGAUAGAUGACCUUUGGAAGUGUGUGAGCGCUGCUCUCAGUGUGUUCAUGGCUCUUCUAGUCUCAUGGAGCAGGGUUUACCUGCGCUACCACUCAAUUAGUCAAGUUCUAUGUGGCGGUUUUCUAGGUUGUCUUCUGGGUGUCUUGUGGUUCGGGACCGUGCAUUUCGUCUUGACGCCCUUCUUCCCAAUUAUAUCCAACAGCCCAGUUGGCGAGAUUCUAAUGGUGCGAGACUCUACUUUGAUUCCUCAUGUCAUGUGGUUUGAGUACACCUGCUCAAGGUCCGAGGCCAGGAGCCGUCAGCGGAAAAUGUCCUCCCGGAAGUCACAAUGA